AGAAGAUAUGUUUUACACCGGAAUGCGUCAAAACAGCCGCAUCUCUGGUAAAUGCCAUGGAUUUAAGUGUUGAUCCGUGCGAAGACUUCUUUCAGUUCGCUUGUGGCACUUGGAAUAAGAAACACAUCAUUCCUGAAGACAGAUCCAGUAUCAGUACAUUUGAAGUAUUGGCAGAUAAUCUACAAAUAUUACUCAAAGACCUUUUGGAACAACUGCCCAGCAGUUACGACAACAGCGCUACUAUUAAAGCCAAAAUUUUCUACAAGUCUUGUAUGAAUACAAAGAGAAUUGAAGAGAUCGGUGAUCAGCCUUUGCGCGAAGUAAUCAAAGAAUUGGGUGAUUGGCCGGUACUCAGCCAGAAGUGGUCCAAUCCUCGCACCAAACUUGAGGUCUUAUUGGGAAAGUUGAGGGGAGAGUACAAUCAGGGACUUAUUCACAGAAUAACCGUAAUGUUUAUCUCAUUAACAACAACAGCCGCAUCUCUGGUAAAUGCCAUGGAUUUAAGUGUUGAUCCGUGCGAAGACUUCUUUCAGUUCGCUUGUGGCACUUGGAAUAAGAAACACAUCAUUCCUGAAGACAGAUCCAGUAUCAGUACAUUUGAAGUAUUGGCAGAUAAUCUACAAAUAUUACUCAAAGACCUUUUGGAACAAACGCCCAACAGUUACGACAACAGCGCUACUAUUAAAGCCAAAAUUUUCUACAAGUCUUGUAUGAAUACAAAGAGAAUUGAAGAGAUCGGUGAUCAGCCUUUGCGCGAAGUAAUCAAAGAAUUGGGCGAUUGGCCGGUACUCAGCCAGAAGUGGUCCAAUCCUCGCACCAAACUUGAGGUCUUAUUGGGAAAGUUGAGGGGAGAGUACAAUCAGGGACUUAUUGUAGAGCAAUGGGUUGGACCCGACGAUCGGAAUUCUUCAGUUAAUAUAAUUCAAUUGGAUCAAAUGUCUUUAGGUCUUCCGAGUAGAGAUUACUUUCUCAAAGAGACGAGUAUAAGGGAAAGAGACGCCUACUUGAAGCUGAUGGUCGAAAUUGCAGUCUUAUUGGGAGCCGAAAGACCCUACGCUUUGGAUGAGAUGACAAAAGUGUUAGAUUUUGAGACACAACUCGCAAAUGUGUCAAUGCCUGAGGCGGACCGACACGACACGGGAGCCAUUUAUAAGAAGCUUACGUUACGAGAACUCAAGUCUUUAAUACCAGAGUUUGAUUGGAUUCUGUAUUUGAAUACUCUUUUACCGACUCCUGUCUUCACAGAUGAAGAAAUAGUUAUUUAUUCAAUUGAAUACUUUCAAGAAAUGGGAAAAAUCAUUGCCAGACACGAGCCAAAGAUAAUACACAAUUAUGUCAUCUGGAGAUUUGUUAAAUACAUUCUUCCAUAUCUCGAUGGAGAUUACGCGGCCUUCAGGACUGAAUUUAAGAAAAUAUUACUCGGAAUAUCCGCUGAUAGGAUCCGUUGGAAUCAAUGCGUGGAGUUAGUGAACAAGAAGAUGGGAAUGGCUGUCGGGGCGCUGUUUAUACGACACAACUUUGAUCCCAAAAGCAAGGAAACGGCUCUUGAGAUGAUCGGUAACAUAAGGAAUGCAUUCAAUGAACUCUUAUCGUUAAACGAAUGGAUGGACGACUCGACUAUACAAGUGGCCCGAGAAAAGGCUAAUUCCAUCAAUGAGAGGAUCGGUUACCCGGAAUUGUUGACAAAUCCCAUAGAAUUGUCCAAAGAAUAUCAAUUAUUAACAGUUUUUGAAGACCAGUUUUUGCAGAGCAUAUUAGGAGUACUUAAAUACGAGUCUUCAAAAAAUCUGUUGAAAUUACGACAACCGGUAAAUAAGGACCGCUGGACUACUGAGCCCGCAGUUGUCAACGCUUUCUACAAUCCAAACAAGAAUGACAUUGUAUUUCCGGCCGGAAUAUUACAGCCACUCUUUUAUUCGCAACAUUUUCCAAAACAAAUAGUAAUAUUUAUACUUGUGUUCAAAUGGUUUGACAAUUGUCUCAUUGAUCACAGUUUCGACGAUAAGGGCCGACAGUUUGAUAAGGAGGGGAAUUUGAAGCAGUGGUGGAAUAACGCGACAAUUAAGAGGUUUAGACAAAGAGCUCAAUGUAUUAUUGAUCAGUAUUCCAGUUAUGUUCUCGAAGAUAUCAGAAUGAAUGUGAACGGCAAAAUGACCCAGGGUGAGAAUAUUGCGGACAACGGAGGUCUUAAACAGGCUUAUAGAGCAUUCAAAAAGUGGGAACAGAGAAAUGGAGUCGAACCCAGACUUCCCGGAAUUGAUUUAACUCACGAUCAGCUCUUCUUCUUGAAUUACGCACAGAUAUGGUGCGGAUCUAUGAGACCAGAAGACGCUCUGAGCAAAGUUAGAUCAUCGGUUCACAGUCCCGGACCCAUCAGAGUAUUGGGUCCGCUGUCCAACUCAUAUGACUUCGCAAAUGCAUAUCAAUGUCGAGAGGGAUCGCGAAUGAAUCCAUUAAAGAAAUGUUCCGUUUGGUAGACAAUGCUUUGUAUCUUAUAUCGCAUUUAAUGUAUAAUUAAUUCAUUAUAUGUCUUAAACAUUAAGAGUAUCUAUAUUUGAAUCAAC